AUGGAGAUGAUGGAAGAUGAUGAUUACUAUAGUGAUUCGAAUGGAAUGGUUCACUGUGGCUAUCACAUAGAUAAAAAGGCUAGAUAUAUCAACAUAUCCUAGAUUUGUGAUGUGAGUGACCGCUUGGUUUGCUAAGAGUGCUAUCUAUUUUUGAAAAUGCAUUCAAAAAUGUUUGAUUGUAGCUCUUUUGUGGACAUUGAUGAUAUAUUUGAUGAGAAUUACUAAUUUCAUGGAUUGAAAGGAAUCACCAAAUAACUUGAUUAAUUAAAUAAUUUGGAAAAGGUUUAGAUGAAAUACAUGAAUGACAUCGAGAUGUUCUAUGAAAAUAUAAAAAGAGAGUUCGUGGAGUAAGUUGAUUAGUGUAAGAAGAAAAUCCUUUCUUUGUUUACCAUAUAGCUUGAUUAAUAAAACAUUUUCAAAGAGCAAUUAGAGUAGCUUUUACGUUUUGACUCUUUUCGCUAUUUUGUUAGAACAAUGAGCACUCACCCUCUUUAGUGUGAAGAUAUAGAACAAUUUCUUUAAGAAUAAUUCAAAAUAUCACAAACGCUUGAUGAAAUCACACAAAACUAUAUUUAUUCUCCUGAAAUGAUUUAAUUCUUUGCAUAAAUAGAAUAGCUCAAGAAGGUUAGCAAAACAAAUAAGCUCAAGGAUCUUAUAAACGACUUAUAGCUUUAGUAAAGCUGCAAUACUUUCUUUUCUAGAAAUAACAACUAUUAAUUUACUAAUCGAUAGCUAGUUGAGUAGAUCCACCACAUAGAUUCCAAGCUCUAGAUACAGCAUUCCAGAAAAGACUCAUUAGAUGAAUAGCUCUAAUUUAUUGAAAAACAAAAAUAAAGUGUAAUGGAAAUUUAAUCAGAAAGUUUUGAAGACUGUGACAUGUUUUUUUUACCAUCAAUUGUUGAAAACCGAAACAUCCAAUAAGACAGAUAGAAUAUUAUCAAAUAAAAUCAUAAUAGAUCAUCCACUGGCUUUUUAUAAUAGAUAAUAAUUCCUAAAUAAGUAAAAUACUAAUUAUUCAGCUCUAGUCCCCUAAUUAAUUCUUAUACUUAUGAAUUUGGUGUUGAGUUUCUCAAUUAACCUCAAAAUGAGUGCUCUAUUGAUAUAGUUUAAGAAAAGAAAAAAAAUAAAUCAGAUUUUAAGUACAUCAUAAAUAAAAAACACGAUUUAAACAUAGAAAGCUCGUUUUAAGACAUAUUUAAUAGCUGUAAUUCUCUAAUACCAGGCUAGGUUACUUAAUUUAAUAUUAGAGUAAAUAUAUCUAAAAAAACUAUGUUAAUCUACAAUCAAAGCUACAAGAAAAAUAUUGAGCUUACAAACUUAAAUAAUCAUACAAAUUAUAGACUAUCACUAACUUUUACUGAGUAAAGCUAAGUAGUCUAAAUAAGAUUAACAGGAGUUAAAUUAGUUUUUUGA